AUGGAAUAUCCUACGAAUAAACAAAUACUUUUUGGUCCGGAUUGGGACAUCAAUCGCUGGACUGCCUCCGACGACCGCGUCCGUGGUGGAUCAUCUGUGUCGAAACUCGAGCCGACCCAGGAAGGGGUGAUCUUUCACGGCAACCUCGACAUUGAGACACUUGGCGGCGCAGGGUUUGCCUCACAACGCACGGUCGGAAACGAACAAAUAUGGGACCUCACCGGAUACGACGGCCUUGAGCUACGUGUCGUUCCAUUGGAUGGAAAACGAUACACUUUCUCUUUGACAGACGAAAUCCCACAACGGAGGCCCGAUAAUCGCGAACAAAGUGCCCUUGUCUGGGAAUAUGAUUUUUGCCCGAGUGAGAUAGGCCGCACGGUGCGCAUGUCAUGGAAGAACCUGAGACCGACAUAUCGGGGGAAGCCGGUGGAGGAUGCCAGGCCUUUGGACUUGUCGCAUAUAAGAAGGUUCCGGAUCAUGAUGCGAAGGUGA